UCACCAAAAUUGCAUGCAUCAUUUGAAUUGGCUACUACUGUGUAUUGUAAGUGGUAACGAAUAUAUGACUUCUGUCAAAAUUCUGUGAAGAUCUACAAUGAAUGUUGUUUACCCAGCAGGUGGAUAUGACGUCACGGAUUUGGAACAUCAGAAAAUAACAUCCAAAUUCGCGAUUAUUUUUUCUUUCAAUGCGAAUUAAAAUGUAAUAACAUUAGAAAGAGCUCGCUCUCGUAUUCGAGACAGAACGUGGCGUGAAGUCUAGAUUAUUUUUACGGGUAACAGCGCUCUCCGUGAAUGCAGCAGAGAUGUAUCCUCGCAGUUAAAGUUAGUCCCCCAAGCGGAGUAAUGUUGGUAGUAUUUACAGUGUGAAUAUUGCAUGCUUACUUGGUACACAAGAUCGCGUGUACAGUUCAUUAUCUCUAGCACAGAAUUGUCUACUGCGUGCACCUACCAUUGUCGAUUGGUGUCAUCUGUGAACUCCCGAUGGUCCCGCCCCUGAAGACCCUGAGCUGAAUUUUCAUUGGAAGAAUGGAACGCCAGUCUUUCCUACACAAGUGAACACGCGGGUGCUCUGAUUGGCUGAAUACUUUCUGCACUGUAGUCUGGCUGGCUGCCAGCGCCUGCCUUGCCCCUGAUCAGAAGUGAACGUGACAUUUGUGCGGAGCUUGGAGACUCCAGUGGUGACCCCCUGUGGAGACAGAGAUCAAAGGCAAGGAGGCUGAAGUCACUACGCUGGAACUGAAGAUUGCUUUAAACGAGCAAGUCAUUGUAGAAGGUUUUUAAGUCAUGAUGCAAGAAUCUGGGACCGAGGCGGCAAGCAACGGUCCAGCCAGUCAGAACAGAGCAGCGAGCGUGGAGGACGGAGCCAGGGACGCGAGGCCCAAGAGCGCCACGUCAGUGGACGUCACUGCAGCUGACCUGAUCCAUCUCCAGCAGCAGCAGGCUCUUCAAGUGGCUCGGCAGAUCCUUCUACAGCAACAACAGCAACAACAACAUCAACAACAACAACAACAACAGCAGCUGCAGCUUCAGCAAGGCACCGAUCUAAAAUCCCCCAAAGACAAUGAGAAUCAGCCAAGCCUACAGGUUCCAGUGUCAGUGGCUAUGAUGACACCCCAGGUAAUAACGCCUCAGCAGAUGCAGCAGAUACUCCAGCAGCAGGUCCUGAGCCCUCAGCAGCUCCAGGUGCUCCUGCAGCAGCAACAGGCCCUCAUGUUACAACAGCAGCAAAUCCAAGAGUUCUACAAGAAGCAGCAGGAACAGCUCCACCUCCAGCUCCUCCAGCAGCAACAUGCGGGCAAGCAGAGUAAAGAGCAGCAGCAGCAGGCCCAGCAGUUGGCCUUCCAGCAGCAGCUCAUGCAGGUCCAACAGCUCCAGCAGCAGCACCUGCUCAACCUCCAGAGACAAGGCCUGCUCACCAUCCAGCCUGGACAGACCGCUCUGCCCCUGCACUCGCUCACUCAGGGCAUAAAUCCAGCAGAGCUUCAGCAGCUGUGGAAGGAGGUGACGAACUUGAAGGAAGAGAACAGCGGCAACAGCAACGGCCGCCGCGGCCUGGACCUGUCCUCGCCACAACCCCCCAAGAAGCCCCUCCUCAACCAACACGCCUCCACCAAUGGACAGUACAUGAGCCAUUCUCUGAAGAGAGAAGGAUCCACGCUAGACGACUACCAACACUCUCACCACAGUCACCCGCUCUAUGGGCACGGGGUUUGCAAGUGGCCUGGAUGCGAGGCAGUGUUUGAGGACUUCCAGUCAUUCCUGAAGCAUCUCAACAAUGAGCACGCCCUGGACGACAGGAGCACAGCCCAGUGUCGGGUGCAAAUGCAGGUUGUACAGCAGCUGGAACUGCAGCUAGCGAAAGACAAAGAGCGUCUGCAAGCCAUGAUGACGCAUCUCCACGUCAAAUCCACGGAGCCCAAACCCACCCCACAGCCACUCAACCUGGUGUCCAGCGUCACCCUGUCCAAGACAGCCCCCCCUGAGGCCUCACCCCCCCUGAGCCUGCCCCAGACCCCCACCACCCCCACGGCCCCCCUGACGCCCCUGUCCCAGGCCCACUCCGUCAUCACCCCCAACAGCCUCCACCACAGUGUGGGCCCCAUGCGCCGACGUUACUCUGAUAAGUACAACAUGCCAAUCUCCCCAGAUAUUGUCCAGAACAAAGAGUUCUACAUGAAUGCUGAAGUCAGACCUCCCUUCACGUAUGCCUCGUUAAUACGCCAGGGUAUCCUUGAAUCACCGGAAAAGCAGCUAACACUAAAUGAAAUUUACAACUGGUUCACACGAAUGUUUGCAUAUUUCAGGCGCAACGCCGCAACAUGGAAGAAUGCAGUCCGGCAUAAUCUUAGUCUUCACAAAUGUUUUGUGCGAGUAGAAAACGUUAAAGGGGCUGUGUGGACAGUGGAUGAACUAGAGUUCCAAAAGAGAAGGCCACAAAAGAUCACUGGAAGUCCAGCCUUAGUGAAGAACAUCCAGACCAGCUUGGGCUAUGGUCCGGCUCUCUCUGCAGCCUUCCAGGCUUCAAUGGCAGAAAACAAUAUACCUCUAUACACUACUGCUUCCAUUGGAAGUCCUACCCUCAACUCGCUGGCGAAUGCCAUCCGAGAGGAGAUGAUUGGAGCGAUGGACCAUGGAAACAGCAACGGCAGUGACAGCAGCCCAGGACGGUCUCCCUUGCCAGCUAUGCAUCACAUUAAAGAGGAACCGCUGGACCCGGAAGACCACGAAGGCCCCCUCUCUCUGGUGACGAUGGCCAACCACAGUCCAGAUUUCGAUCACCACAGAGAUUACGAUGACGACCAGGGCCACGAUGACAUGCUGUAAGGUCGGGCCCCCAGGGGCCCCACCCAGAGGCAGAACUAACCUUAGUCAUCUGUGAGACGCCACAACAUCACAGAUAACACAGAUACAAGACUGCAGUCUCAGUCCUCUGAUGACAGCUAUCAAAUGUUUCCAAUUGACUUUUAGUGCCAUUAAAUACAUAGUGAAAACACAAGAAAGAGAAUACGUCCCACUUGGGAGUAUUUUUGAUUUAUAUCUACUUUUUGGUUUAAGGGAACGAAAAUAAGAAAAAAAGUCAUUUCUACUCUACAUGCGUUGGAUGGACAUGUUUGGUACUGGGGACGACUUCUUGGUCAGCGUGCUGGCUUCAAAUCCAGGAUGGACUUGGACUUGCACUGUGCAGCCAGUAUGAACUUGGACCUGCACUGUGCAGCCAGUAUGGAUUGCAUGCAGCCCACUCAACCACACUGAGCAUGGACUGCAGAGGGGUUCUCUCUCUCUCACACACACAAACACACACACACAUGCCUAUAAACUCAAGAGAUAUUGAAUGACGUUUAAUUUACGCUGUGUGUGUGUGUGUGUGUGUGUGUGUGUGUGUGUGUGUGUAGAUUUUGUUCAUGGUCACUGCCUUCACAAUUUCAUUGGUUUGCUUCCAUCUAGGUUGGGAGGGAUGUUUUUUGGUGUGUUUUGAGGGUGAGGGGUUUAAAAUAUAAACUAUGUAUUUUCCAUUGUUCGUUGCUGUUGUUGCAUUUUAUUUGUGUAACUGAUCAGACCUCAUGCUGUGGAGAUUCUGUAUGGUCAGCACUUAAUGAUGGAUGUUUAGCAUUUCCUUUCUUGUUGUUUCCUCUCUUUUUUUACAUGAAGCAGAAUGUCAAAUACCAUGUAGUAUUUUUCUGUCAUUUAUUCCACAUGCUUCAGAAUGCCACCCCUCUAACAUGUAGUCCAUCCUCAUCGCAUCCCCCCAAGCUCAUCAAGUCCAUCCUCAUCGCAUCCCCCCAAGCUCAUCAAGUCCAUCCACAAUGCACUACUCGUAAUGAAGGCUCUCUCCACGCAUCAAUGAAGUUUUCUUUAAGAUGGGAAUGAAUGACAGAGAAAUCAUGCAGGUUAUGAUUUAUCCUCAUUCAAUUAUAUUUUAAAACAGCCCUUCAGGGCAGUGCGUUAGCUGCAACCAAAUUUCUGAUCAUUCGCAAGCUCCCAGUUUUAGAAAGAAAAUCAAAUGUCAGGUGUGCAGUACAAAGAUAAUAUUUUAGACCAACUAAUUGUGAUUCCUGAACACAACUCUCAUUGUAGAUUAAACAUGUAUAGUUUUCCACACUGUAAUUUCAGUCAUGGAAGGAUUGUUUGGCCUUGCUUGAAGAUAUCAACAUUUUUUUUUUUAACCAUAUGCAUGACCAGUUGGCUCUCAAAUUUGUUUGUGAUUAUUAAUAAUUACACACAUCAGAUGAAAUAUUCAUGUUCUUAAUUUAGGGAUAAUCCCAAAACUGGCAAUAAAACCUGAUCAUUGCUUCAUUCCAGUAUUGGCAGGCAUGUUACGCCCCCAGAAACCCACACACCACAAGGUAACUGAUGAUCUGGGUACUGUUUGGGGUCAACAUCAGCAGAACCCAAUGACUAAGUCAGAGUAGUGAUGUAGACCCUGCAAUAGGGUGGAUGGGAUUGAUGCUGGGGCUGUGAGGCUGUGAGGCUGAAUACAAAUGGGCUUGAUCCUACAGUAGGUUUGGUUUAUGAUAUGAAACAGGCUCAUACAAAGACUCACAAACAUUACUUUUUAAAGACUGCAACCAACCACUUUGCAUUUUUUAUUUAUUAUUAUUCUUUUUUGUUUGUAACUUUUGUUUUUAGUUGUUGAUGUUUCUAAAAUCUUGUUCUGUGACUACCAAAGAUAAACUACAAAGUAAAAACUAUUUUCUCUGUUUCAUGCAAUAGCAGAUAAGGCCAAAUAUCCUCCAUUCUCUCCCAUUGGCUGUGAAAGGAUCUAAAGAUGGAGUAUAGUCUCAGCUGUGUCAAUCCAAUUGCACAUUGAUUAGAGAGGACGCUCCUCAAGAUGUCUGACUGUCAUUAGCUUUAAAGCCAAAGGAGUCUCUUGUUGAGUGCAGUAGCUGCAGGACUUUGCAGUGACCACAACUGAAAGGGAGAUGCAGAGAGUCAGACAUGACCAAAUUAGGGGAACAUGUUCUUUGGGCCAAUGAGAGGAAAAGGCAUCACUCUGUCUAUCAGCAGCAGAUUGCUGUGCAACCUAGGGGGAUGAAAGGAGAUUAUGGUCAUAAUGAGGAUGACAAUGAUUUAGCAGUAGACAGGAGAGCUUUGUAGAGAACAAUGUGAAAAGGAUUCUAUACUUCAACUGGACCACCCAAUGAUUAAAUAUUUUGUUUUAUUUUUUAUUCUUUAUGAAUUUGUAUCCUUUCCAAUGAUUGUAUGCCACUUUUGAGUGAGUCCUGUUAUCUUGGUGGGAUUCUACUGUUCUUUGUUAACAUUGGUAAGGCUUUAUGAUUGUGUUUAGUUUCUGUCAACGUAUUACUUUUUAUAUUAAAAAACACUCCUGUCAACUAAUAAGCUGGGUACAGGGUACUUUAUGGCAGUUAUUUGAACAUUCCACCAUGCAUUUACUAUUACACAUGAAAAGGGCAAUCUGUGGUUUUCAGAAAAUGUAUUUAAUAUCCAUUAGCAUGCAGCUGUGGGAUGGGUUAGUAACAGCCGGACUGGGAUCGUGAGAACAACUUGAGCUCAUCCAAAUCUAGUCUUUUGCUGGUUUGCUUGGUAUUGUAAAGGGGGGAGAUUUGAACAUUCUCAGUAUGUGUAGCUUGACAUUACUGAAGAUAACAGCCUGCGAAAACUGUACGCAUACCUCGGUUCCAACCUAUAGGGAAUAAUUCAAUGAAAAGUGAAAAAAAAACUUUCACCCAGUUGUACUUUGUUCUAUGUCUUGCAUGUGUAGUCUAAAACUGGAGAGAGAUCAUUUUUUUGUAAAAAAGACCAAAAAAAGUAUAUGAAUAUAAAAUUAGACCUUGUUUAUCUUGAGGGUCUCACAAUCCAAACCUUAGGCCUUUUUUCAUGAAGAAAUCACCCAGCUUUAUUUGAUCCCAUUUUCCACAAUCUAUUGUCAUUUGUUUGGUCAUGGGCUUUCCAACAGUAGGGUGUAUGUACAUGUCAGUAUAGCCUUGUCUUUUUCUUGUCAUUUUCUUUCCUUGUGUCUUUCAAAGAUCAAAAAUGCAUUUGUGUUAUUCUUUUUGCUUUAUCACAACGGCUUUGUAUGAACUAUAAAAUAGCUAUGAAAACUGCUGUAUGUAUUGGAACAGCAAACUGUGCUGCAAAUGUAUUUUACUUAGUAAUCCUUGCUUAAAAAGUCAUACAUGCAGACAUCUGUGUGAGAUGGGCGGGGCAGGGUUGGGGAUUAUCCCAGAUUUUGGAUUUUAAACUGUAAAAUAGAAAACAGACUUUUCUCUGUUAUCAUUGACCUAAGGAUUUUGUACAGAUUGUUUUCUUCCUUGUGUUAAGCUGUUUUUGAUACUUCCUUUUGAUGGUCUAACCACUGCCUUCUGUGGCUAUAAACAUUACUGCUCGGAGAAAGGGCAGACAGGUAUAUUUCCUCUACAAGACGGAGAUAUCUUGCAUGACUAAUUCCAGGGUCACAGAGAUGAAAAAUAAUGGUUAAGUGGUCAGUAAUAAUAUAAGGGUGUAUCAAUCUAAUGAUAUUUUAUAUGAAACAAAUAGGAAAAAGAAGAAAAAUAUGCAGUGCCAAGAUGUAAAGAAUAUUUGUUAAAUGCUUUGUUUUUCCCCCCGAGGAAUCCAUUCAUCCAUACAUACAUUAUCAAAGAUGUGUCAUCAUCAUGUUCAGUACAUCCUCAUUAGGUGAAAUACAUAUCGCUUUUUAGUUGGCCUCUAAAUAUCUAUAUCUCAACUGUUUGGAAAUGUUUCUUUUUUGAUGAUCAGUAAAAAUCAAGCACAGCAGGUAGCCGACUUAAGUGGAGCACAAAGGUUAAAGGCUAAAAGUCGGAUGUGAAUUGGACUCUGUACUCAUCCUUGAUAUAUGUUGAUUGUAAAACAAGAAAUAUCAGUAACCUUAUGACUUUGCUGUGCUCUGUGUAGGUGGCAUUAGAUUCCCCCUCAAGACACUUGCAGCCAUGCUAAUUUACCACGGUUCCAUCAAUCAUGACCACCCCACUGUCAUUCACCACUGUGUUGUACCAUCACCCUCUUAACCCAUGCUUCUGGAGGAGGGAUGGAGAGAGGAAGGAGGGUACAGGAGAGCAGCUGUCACAGUGCUUUAAUGCAGCAGCUAAGUUAGUUUUCUGUUGAAGCUGUACUCUGUAGUUUUCUGUUGAUUAACUAAAGAUUCUGCUCAUCACCUCCAUCAUCAGUGUGUAAUCUCCUCAUUCCUGGUCUGAUGCAGACAGUUCUGUUGUACAGUCAGUCUCAGUAACUGACUUAAGCUUUCUAAAAAUGCAAUAAAAUGCUGGUUGUUCA